CCUCAGACUAUCUAAUUAUACAAAAAUAUAUGAAGAUGAAGAAUCUCUCUCUCUUACUUCUCACUCUCACACUAUUUUUUAUUUCUGUUUAUUCACAAGAUAUAAAGCAAAUCCAAUUAGUUUUUAGAUGGCCAGAAACUUACUGUAAUAAAGAUCCCAAACCUGAAGUGGGAUGCAAUAAAAUUCCUCCUCUGAAAUUCACUUUGGUUGGUUUUUGGGGAACAGAUUCCAAUGGAAAAAUUGUCGAAAAAUGCCCAGUUACAAAACCACCUAAUUGGAAAGACGUGUUUAAGCCCGAUUUGGUAACUCAACUCGACAAAUUUUGGCCAUCUCUCACCAAAACAGAUAACAAAAAGAUGUGGCAAGAAGCUUGGGAGACUUAUGGAACAUGCAUCACAAAAAAACUCAAAGGUCCAACACAAUAUUUCAACAGGGCUGUAAGAUUGGCUGGUGAAAUUGGAGAUUUAUUACAAGAUCACUUAAUACAAUCAGAUGGAAUUGUCCCUUGUGACUCUGCUGUUUACAACAAGGAUGAAAUCUUGAACUCAUUCAAGAAAGUUGCAGACGAGAAUGUUGUGUCCUUCAAUUGCAAAAAGAAAAAUAACACUCAUGCUUAUUUGAAUCAAAUUACAUUUUGCUACGAAGAGGAUCCAAAAAAAAUUGUGAGUUGUCUCGUCACUGAUGACAAAAGUUGUCCUCCAAACAUUAUUGUACCUCGUCCUUCACCUCCAACUCCACCUCCACCUCCACCUCCACAUCGUCCUUCACUUCCUGCUCUAGCUUCAUCCCUGCAGACUCUUCGAAGGACCCGAGAAAAGCUUCGACCAAUAGCAUAUGGGAGAUCCUUCGUCAACUAAUUUAAUUUAGUAUCUUGUGAAGCUUUGGAAGAAAGUUUAUGAGCAAUAGAAAGAUGAAUAAUAUCGCAGUUGUGACUGUGAUGUGUACUGAAUAAAUGAAGCAAAUAAAGUGAUCAUCUUUCCAUUUUA